CUCCCCGCUCCCCGCCCCUCAGGCCUGAUAGUCGCUGCCAGAGCGGCUCGGAAGUCGGCGUGUAGUUGCAGCGUCAUCGUGAGGAGCCGUUUGAAUGAAGUGAGACGAGACGAGGCGAGAGGAGAGAGGAGCGAUCCGCAGGACCGAAACGAGUGCUCCAGUCCCCCCCGGAACCCGGUGAAUCGCAGCGUCAGGCCCGGAAAAUGCCCGUGUUUACAGUGAACGUGAAGUGGGGAAAGGAGAAGUUCGAUGCUGUGGAGCUGAACACGGAGGAGCCGCCCGUGGUGUUCAAGGCCCAGCUCUUUGCGCUGACGGGAGUCCAGCCCGAGAGGCAGAAGGUCAUGGUGAAAGGGGGCACACUCAAGGACGAUGAAUGGGGUAACAUCAAGUUAAAAAAUGGAAUGACCCUGCUGAUGAUGGGCUCGGCGGAGGCUCUGCCCGAGGAGCCGGCGGUCCGGCCAGUGUUCAUGGAGGACAUGACCGAAGAGCAGCUGGCUUCGGCGAUGGAGCUGCCUUGCGGACUGACGAACCUGGGCAACACGUGCUACAUGAAUGCUACUGUCCAGUGUCUGCGCUCGGUGCCCGAGCUCAGAGAAUCCCUGAGGGGGUAUUCAGGUGCCUUGAGAGCCUCCGGCGCCAACGCGUCGUCUCAGUACAUCACAGCAGCCCUACGUGACUUAUACGAGUCCAUGGAUAAGACGUCCUCAAGUAUACCUCCUAUCAUCCUCCUGCAGUUUCUGCACAUGGCCUUCCCCCAGUUCGCAGAGAAAGGAGACCAGGGCCAGUACCUGCAACAGGAUGCCAAUGAGUGCUGGGUUCAGAUGAUGAGAGUCUUGCAGCAGAAGUUAGAACCGCUGGAAGCUGAGGCAUCUGUGGAGACGGACACAGGGAUGGCUGUGGAAAGCGCAGCUGCUGGCGCCCAGGCUAAGAAGAACUUAAUCGACCAGUUUUUUGGUGUAGAAUUUGAGACCACUAUGAAGUGCACGGAAGCUGAGGACGAGGAGCCGACGAAAGGCAAGGAGAACCAGCUCCAGCUCAGCUGCUUCAUUAACCAGGAGGUGAAGUACCUCUUCACAGGGCUGCGCUUGCGUCUUCACGAAGAAAUCACGAAGCUGUCUCCAUCGUUGCAAAGAAACGCCUUGUACAUAAAAUCUUCCAAAAUCAGCCGCCUGCCUGCGUACCUGACAGUUCAGAUGGUUCGGUUCUUCUACAAAGAAAAGGAGUCAGUGAAUGCCAAAGUCCUAAAGGAUGUGAAAUUCCCUUUAAUGCUUGAUGUUUUUGAGCUGUGCACCUCUGAGCUGCAGGAGAAAAUGGUGGCCAUCAGGUCAAAGUUCAAGGAGGUAGAAGACAAAAAACUUAACCAGCAGCAAAAGGUGGACAAGACACCUGUGCCAAAGCAAGCGAAAUAUGAGCCCUUCUCAUUUCCUGAUGAUUUUGGCUCCAACAACAGUGGUUACUAUGACCUUCAGGCUGUGUUGACACAUCAGGGACGAUCAAGCUCAUCUGGACACUAUUUAGCCUGGGUCAAAAGAAAAGAAGGCGAGUGGGUCAAGUUCGACGACGACAAAGUGAGUGUCGUGGCGCCAGAGGACAUCCUGAAGCUGUCCGGCGGCGGGGACUGGCACAUAGCCUACGUCCUGUUAUACGGGCCCCGCAGGCUAGAGAUACUGGAGGGCGAGCAGCAGUAAUCACAAGUGACAAAGAUGCCAUUUUCAAGCACUGUCUGCAUAGAUGUGCAAUAAAUAUUUGUGUCUUUAAAACUUAUGAUGACCUUAAAAUCUUUUUGUAAUGAAUGCUGGUUGCGUCCUGCAACAUCCUCGUGCGUCUUUACUGGCUACGUCAGGGUAGCGUGGUGGCAGGUUCUGUGAAAACUGAUACCCAAAGAAAGUGCCCAGGCUUCCAGUUAUUUUCUUUGCUGGACUGGCGAGUUCACAUGUUUAGCUACCUUGUACAUUUUUCUCUAUUUUUUUUUUUUUAAGAGCCUUUGAUCGGUUUGUCAGCAAGAAGGUGUUCGCUCGUGACGCGAGCAGAGAGCUUUCAGUCUGUCCUUGGAUAAGGGGUGUCUGCUUGCAAUGGAUGAGAAACUGCUUCCUGUUAACCAGUUACCACCCCUCUGGGGUGACAGCAGAAGGCUGAGCAGUGGAGAAACUGUACAGCCACGAUCAUUCCUUGCCCAUGGUGCAGGUUGCUAAAAAAAUCAGUCUUACCUUGUUUCUUGUGUAGUCCUACGUCCUGCGAGUUAAGUACUAAGCAAGGGGUCUCGAGGAUACUGAAGUGUUUGCAAAGAAACCUUGCACGACCUCUGAGCUGUUUCAAUACAAGAUUCUGUAAACAUGGUUUUUAAUACAAAAAAUAUUUAUUG